AUGAGUUAUUUCUUUGAUAACCACCUUAGUUUGGGCCACGAACAAGCCUUAUGUUCUGCUUGGUCUAAUACUGACUUUAACAUGAUUCUUGCUGUCUCUACAAAUGCUCCACACAUUCUGUUUGUGCAAGAAGAGGGAAACAUUGUCCCUAACUUUGAAAUUUCAAGAGGAAAAAUUAAGGCAGUAUCCCUAAAAUGGCAUCCUAUAUUCUAAGCUCUAGCAAUUGGUUGGGAAGAUGAUGAAAGGCUAACAAGAGAGGAGAAAGUUCUACACAAGGCAUCGAUUGCAAUUAUAACUUUUAGUGCUGAUGGAUCUAGAAUGGUAACUGGUGAUGCUAAGGGCAUGGUAGGAGUAUGGAGAACACACAGAGGUCUUACUCCAGUCUGUUAAAAUCCAACAGGGGAUAACACCAACUCCCUCUUCUUUUUUGGAGGCACUUCAGGGUCUGUAUGCUUGGCCGAUGACUUAAAGAACUGCUCUGAAGUUUGUAAGGUCCCAGGUAGCGUCAAAACAAUUUUGUUCUAUGAGAAAGAAAAUAGCGUUAUCAUUAUCACCUCUCAUUUGCUUCUUGUAUAAUUCAAGUUGAAUCUAUCAGAAAAGCUCGUACCAGAUCGUAAAGUUAAACUAGCAGUCGCUGGAAACCCAGAAUUUUUAUCAACUAUUUGGGCUGGCUAAGGAUUACUAGCAACUGUCUCGGGUGAAAAUAUGAUCCGUAUGUUCAAUAUUGAGCAAGAUGAAAACUACGUUUUAACAUUAGCAGAAUCUGCCUUCUAAGGCCUAUUGUUUCAAGACAAAAUCGUAUCAAUAGCAUACAAUCACAGAAGAAGAAUUCUCUCUGGAGGUACCAAGAAUGGUUAUAUUGUAAUGUGGAGAUGCAAGUAGAUGAGUGCAGAGAGUCCUAUUUCAAGUGAGGGUUGGGAUGCAAGAACUCCAAUCAAAGCCUAAGGAGGUCCCCUUACUAAGCUUGAAUGGGGAGGAAACUAAUAAAUUCUAGCUGCAUAAUGGAGUUAAGGUAUUACAGUACUUAACCAUACAAUCCUUAAGAAAAAGAUGAAAGAUAACUUCAAAAUGAUGCAAAUAUCAAACAAAGCUGUUGAGGUAAGAUUAAAGAAUGAAUCAUCUCCAAACACUGAUUAUCAAAUUAUCAUGACUCUUGGAAUGAACAUCAAAGGUAUUGAUUGCUGCAAGAAUAAUACUCUUUUCUGGAAUGGCAAGUUCGCUUAAAUAUAUGAAGUUCAAGGAUAAAAAGGACCAGUCAUUGCAGGAAAUUUUGAGUCCCAUGCAACAGUUAUGGCAUUGACAGAGGAUUCUGUCAUCCAAAAUGAAGAGAAUAAGAUUUAGGUUUGCUCAUUUUCAGGAGAAGUUAAGCAGGUCAUACCGAUGACAGAAAGUGAAGGAGAAGUUAUUCUGAUUGAUAUCAAAGGAAGAUUCAUGGCAUGCAUUACAUAAAACAACAUGAUAAAGAUCUUUGAUAUCUCAAGACGCCAAUUCAAGUAAAUUGGAGUGACUAGAAAAUUUGAGAUUAAAAAUGGAGAACCUUUGGGAGAAAUAAAGGAUAUUCAACUAAACUGUGAAGGCAAAAAGUUAUGUAUCUUAGCUGACUAAUCACCAUUCCCAUCAAUUAGAAUUCCUGAUACUAAAUUCUACAUAUAUGAUGUUGAUAUGGAUAAUUUUAUGGAGAUGGAAGUUGGCUAAAACAGAGUACCUACAGAAUGCUUCUGGGAUUAAAGCGAUCCUAGACUUCUUUGUGUUGAAACUGAAUACAUUAAGGAUAUCUCCAAAAAUGGAUUUGAUGGAUAAGACGUAGCUAAUUAAGAAAUCAUUGGAGGAAUUAAUGCAGAUGAAAUUGAGAAUGAUUUCAAGAAAAAGGAAGAAGAUUUUACUGGUAAGACUCUUGAAACUUUCUUUGUCACAACAGACUAUAAAGUCAAAAGAUAGGACACAGUAAAAUUCGAAGAGGGUGAUGAAACCCUACUAGGCCUUCAUGUUCCAUUUUUCUAUUUUAUGGGUAGAUAAAUCGAUGAAAAUGAAGAGGAAAAUAAUGCUGAUGAGGAGAAAGUACUAGCUCAGAAUAAUCAAUCAAACAUGAUAAUUCUGAGAAGACCAAUGAAAGACUUUAUUGGCUUAGAAAAUGUAGAUGAUGCAACUAAGAAAGCCAUCAUGAAUUUUUCAUUCUUCUUAACAGUAGGUAAUAUGGAUGAAGCAUAUAAUAGCGUUAGAAAUAUUAAAAAUAACACUGUCUGGUAAAAUAUGGCUUAAAUGUGUGUGAAAACCAAAAGACUCGAUGUUGCCUAGGUAUGUUUAGGUAAUAUGAGAUUUGCAAGAGGAGCUAGAGUUGUCAGAGAAACUGAAAAAGAGAGAGAAAUCGAAGCAAGACUAGCUAUGGUUGCCAUCUAAUUAAAUAUGAUUGAUGAUGCCAAGGAUCUUUACAAAGAAUGCGGAAGAUACGAUCUAUUAUGCAAGUUACAUCAAGCCUGCGGAGAAUGGGAUGAAGCUAUCGAAGUUUCAGAGAAGUUUAAUAGAAUUAACCUAAAGAAUACUCACUUUACUAUGGCUAAGCAUUUUGAAUCAAUCGGUUAAAUCGACGAUUCCAUUAGACAUUACAUAUUGAGUGAAACUCAUAAAACUGAGGUACCAAGAAUGCUAACUGCCCUUGGCUAAUUUGAUAGACUUUAAAUCUUUGUCUCAAGCUAAAAAGAGCCAGAGCUCUACAAAUGGUGGGCAUAAUAUCUUGAAGCUUAGGGAAUUAUCAACGAGUCUCUAGGUUUCUAUAGAUUAGCAAAUGAUUAUGGAAGUAUAGUUAGAUUAUUAUGCUAAAAUGGAGAUAUCUCAAGUGCAAUGAAAUUAGCCCUUGAAACUAAUGAUCCAUAAGCUUGCUUCCAUCUUGCAAGACACUAUGAAUAGAAUAAUAUGAUUAGAGAUGCCAUUGUUUAUUAUUCAAAGUCUCAAAGACUUCAUCACGCAAUUAGAUUAGCAAAAGAAUGUGGCUAUGAUCAAGAAGUUAUGACUAUGAGUUUAAUUAGCAGCAAGUAAAUUAUGGUUUAAAGCGCAGCCUAUUUUGAAAAGAAGGGUAAAUAUGACAAAGCUGUAUCUCUUUAUAUGAGAGGAGGAAACAAAAAGAAAGCUAUCAAUUUGGCAAUACCUCAUAACAUUCCUAUUGAUGAUUUCCCAUCAGCCCCGACAGACAAUGAUGAUCCAGAAACCCUAGAAUCCAGUGUCUAAUUCCUGAUUUAAAACAAGCAGUAUGAUAAGGCUGUUGAGGUUAUGAUCUAACUUGGAAAGUUCUAAGAGGCACUUGAUCAAGCUGAGAAAUUCAACAUAUCAUUGAAGGAGGAAUUCGCUAUGAAACUCAUCCCACCCAUGCCUGCUAAUAAUGAUGCUUACAAGACUAAGGAAAGAAAAGAGAUUUGCGUUCGAUUGGCAAAAUUAUGCAAAAGACAGGGAGACUUUAAGCUGGGAGGUAAACUCUAUACAUAAGCAAAUGAGAAACUUAAGGGAAUGAAAUGUCUUCUUAAAAGUGGAGAUGUAAAGGCAGUUAUUGGAUUCGCUUCAAAUGCAAGAUAGCCUGAAGUCUUUGUACUAGCUGGAAAUUUCCUACAAAAUUAAAACUGGCACAAUGAUCCAGAGAUCAUGAAGACAAUCAUUCAAUUCUAUUAAAAAGCAAAAGCAUUCGAGAGUUUGGCAAAUUUUUAUGAUGCUUGUGCUUAAGUUGAAAUUGACGAGUACAGAGAUUACGAGAAAGCUUUAGGUGCUAUGAGAGAGGCUCUUAGGCAAUUAGAAAAGGCAGCAUCAGCUGCAAACAGGGAGAUGAAGCUGAGAAUGCUCAAAGAGAGAAUUGGCACUAUUGAGAGAUUCGUCUAAGCCCGUGAAUCUUUAGCUGCAGGAGAUACUGCCACUAUGGUUUAAAUUUGUAAUUCACUAGUUGACCAACCAGGAGUAGAGGACGCUAUUAGAUUAGGUGAUGUCUUUGCUUAACUUGUCGAAUUUUAUUCUCACAACAGGCAAUAUCAAAAUGCCCUUUAAAAUAUUGAAAAGAUGAGAAAGAAGAUAGUAAAUAUUACCCCAUAUCUUGAUCCUUCGUUGGUUGAGGAGGUUUACUCUUAGAUGGGAGUACCACUUCCAGGAAAAGCUAAGGCAUUUAAUGAUGGUAUUGACGAGGACAUUAAAGAGGAAUACUGA